GUCUUGCGAAGAUUGCGGGGGCGAGCUUCACGAUACGAUUGUCAACUUCGGGAACACUGUGGAGCACGUGCCUUCGAUGGAAGAUGCCCACGACAGGACCUGGGUUCAUUGUUUGAAAGCUGACCUGGUCGUCGUGCUCGGCAGCAGCCUCAGCGUGCCGACCGCCUGUGAUCUUCCCGAGGAGUGUUUGCCGGCGCGGGAUGGCAAACCAGACGGAGGGCGCCUGGUCAUCGUGAACCUCCAACGCACGCCCAAGGACCAGUUGGCCAAUCUCCGGAUCUUUGCAGCUUGCGAUGAUGUCAUGGCCUUUGUGGAGCAGCACUUGUCAUGCUGA